AUGUCGAUUCAUCCAAAACCCUCACUCUCCACCUUCACCCUCCUCUUACUCCUCACCACCUCCCUACUCAUCACCUCCCACUCAUCCCCCGACUCCGAUACCCAACCCGGAUCCGACGAAGAAUCCGACGAUCUCGAACAGCUCCUCGCCGUAGACGAGCAGCUUCAACAAGAUCUCCCUCUCAACCAACAAUCCGAAGCCGAGACCGUCUCCAAGGCGCAGAGGAUCGUGCUUGAGCUCAGCGGCGACAACGCGAAGCGAGUGAUCGGCGGGAACGAGUUCGUUAUGGUUUUGGGGUACGCGCCUUGGUGCGCGCGUAGCGCGGAUCUGAUGCCGAAGUUCUCGGAGGCUGCGACGGCGUUGAAGGAGAUCGGUAGUGGGAUUGUGAUGGCGAAGAUUGAUGGGGAUAGGUAUGCGAAGGUUGCCUCGGAGAUGGAGAUUAGGGGUUUCCCUACGCUUCUUCUCUUUGUUAAUGGGACUUCUCAGGCGUACACCGGUGGAUUCUCAGCAGAGGAUAUAGUCAUAUGGGUGCAGAAGAAGACUGGUUCACCAAUCAUUACAGUUAAUACAGUUGAUGAAGCUCAGAGGUUUCUGAAAAAGUAUCAUACUUUUGCUGUUGGUUUGUUCAACAAGUUUGAGGGUUCUGAGUAUAAUGAAUUUGUCAAAGCUGCAAAAUUAGACAAUGAAAUCCAGUUUGUUGUAACAAGUGAUAACGAUGUUGCGAGACUUCUAUUUCCUGAGCUCAAAACCAGUAAUGUGUUUAUUGGGAUGGUUAAAACUGAGGCGGAAAGGUACACGGCAUAUGAUGGAUCUUACAAAAUGGAGAAGAUAUUGGAGUUUCUUGGCAAGAACAAGUUUCCAUUGAUUACAAAAUUGAGUGAAAGCAAUACUGCUUGGGUUUACUCCAGUCCUGUUAAGCUUCAGGUUAUGAUCUUUGCCAAGGCUGAUGACUUUCAGAAUAUGGCUCAUUCCCUUGAAGAUUUUGCAAGAAAGUUUAACUCGAAGCUUAUGUUUAUAUAUGUUGAUAUAACAAAUGAGAACCUUGCGAUGCCAUUUUUGACCUUAUUCGGAGUAGAGAAUGCGAACAAAACUGUUGUUGCUGCUUUCGAUAACAAACUCAACUCCAAGUAUUUGCUCGAGUCAGAUCCAUCACCAAGCAAUAUAGAACAUUUUUGUUCAGGACUUGCGGAUGGAACCUUACCGCAGUACUAUAGGUCAGAGCCAGUUCCAGAUAAUGAAAACGCAAGCAUAGUGACUGUGGUAGGAAAGACUUUUGAUGAGUUGGUACUAAACAGUCAAGAGAAUGUUCUUCUUGAGGUACAUACACCAUGGUGUGUGAACUGCGAGGCGAUGAGCAAACAGGUCGUGAAGUUGGCUAAGCAUUUCAAAGGCUUUGAGAAUCUUGUUUUUGCAAGAAUUGAUGCAUCUACAAAUGAGCAUGCUCAACUGCAGGUUAAUGAUUAUCCUACGAUAUUGCUCUACAAAUCCGGUGAAAAGGAGAAACCGUUAAAGUUAUCAACUAAAUUGAGCGCCAAGGACAUGGCUGUUUUCAUCAACGAAGAGUUGAAACCAAGAGGUGGUUCUAGUAAGGAUGAAUUGUAG